UUCCGCCCAUCCUUAAGAUGGCACCGGCGGAAGGGGCAGGGCACCGGCAUCUAGCGAUGGUGGCGUCCCGGCUGGAGUUGAACCUGGUGAGGUUACUGUGUCGCUGCGAGGCAAUGGCAGCAGAGAAGCGGGACCCGGAGGAGUGGCGUCUGGAGAAGUACGUGGGGGCCCUGGAAGACAUGCUGCAGGCCCUGAAGGCCCACGCCAGCAAGCCGGCCUCGGAGGUGCUCAGCGAGUAUUCCCGCAAGGUGAACUUUCUGAAGGGGAUGCUGCAGGCUGAGAAGCUGGCCUCCUCCUCCGAGAAGGCCCUCGCCAACCAGUUCCUGACCCCUGGCCGCGUGCCCACUACGGCCAGAGAGCGGGUGCCCGCCACCAAGACCGUCCACCUGCAGUCUCGUGCCCGCUACACCAGUGAGAUGCGGCGUGAGCUGCUGGGCGCGGACUCUGCCGGAGAGCCCCAGCUGGAUAUGAGGAAGAGAACUGGGGCGACGGGCCCCAAGCCCGUAGAUGAGAAGCAGUCAGCGGCUGAGCUGGACCUCGUCCUACAGCGGCACCAGGACCUCCAGGAAAAGCUGGCAGAAGAGAUGCUAGGCCUGGCCCGGAGCCUCAAGACCAACACACUGGCUGCCCAGAGUGUUAUCAAGAAAGACAACCAGACCCUGUCACACUCACUGAAGAUGGCCGACCAGAACCUGGAGAAGCUGAAGACAGAGUCAGAGCGGCUGGAGCAGCAUGCGCAGAAGUCGGUGAACUGGCUGCUGUGGGCCAUGCUCAUCAUUGUCUGCUUCAUCUUCAUCAGCAUGAUCCUCUUCAUCCGAAUCAUGCCCAAACUCAAAUAAACGCCCGCUGCCGCCAGCCAC